AUGGCUUCAUUGUCAGUGCUGUAUCAUUUUGAUCGCUGGGCAGCGCUGCAGGUCCAUUUCAAGCUGCUUUUAACCCGGAAAGAGUCCCCGCGGACCUUUAACAAGUCGGGAAGUGUGUGUUUAUGCUGCCGACUGUUAGCCAACAUGGCGCUGGACGUGAAAACCAGGGCAAAACGAUACGAGAAACUGGACUUCCUGGGAGAGGGUCAGUUUGCCACAGUGUACAAAGCCAGAGAUAAAGUGACUGACAAAAUAGUUGCGAUUAAAAAGAUUAAGGUUGGCCACAGAACUGAGGCAAAAGAUGGGAUAAAUCGGACUGCUCUCAGAGAGAUCAAACUGCUCCAGGAGCUGCAUCAUCCAAAUAUUAUUGGGCUGUUGGAUGCCUUUGGACACAAAUCAAACAUCAGCCUGGUGUUUGAUUUCAUGGAGACAGACCUGGAGGUUAUUAUCAAAGACACUAGUCUAGUCUUGACUCCAGCAAACAUCAAAGCCUACAUCCUCAUGACUCUUCAAGGAUUAGAAUAUAUGCACCAUUACUGGGUCCUACACAGGGAUCUAAAACCCAAUAAUCUGCUGCUAGACGGUAAUGGAGUGUUGAAGUUGGCUGAUUUCGGUUUGGCAAAAGCGUUCGGCAGCCCGAACAGGGUCUACACACAUCAAGUUGUUACCAGGUGGUACCGCUCUCCUGAGCUGCUGUUCGGUGCCAGGAUGUACGGUGUGGGUGUCGACAUGUGGGCUGUGGGAUGCAUCUUGGCAGAGCUUCUGCUCCGGAUACCUUUCCUUGCUGGAGACUCCGAUCUCGACCAGCUAACCAAAAUCUUUGAGGCUCUUGGAACGCCUACAGAGGAGACGUGGCCGGGAAUGAGUAGUCUACCCGACUACGUAUCCUUCAAGAUAUUUCCAGGCACACCUCUGGAACAUAUAUUUAGUGCAGCUGGAGACGAUUUACUUGAGCUACUACAGGGCCUCUUUACCUUUAACCCCUCCACAAGGACCACAGCUACACAGGCUCUAAAGAUGAAGUACUUUAGCAAUCGACCAGGUCCCACUCCUGGUCCCCAGCUACCGCGACCAAACUGCUCUGCUGAGGCUCUGAAAGAAAAAGAAACAGUUGGGCUCAAGCGGAAAAUAGAAGGACUGGAGACAACUGUAAUGAAGAAGAAACUUAUUUUCUGACCAGAUGGCACCUGAUGAAUCAGAAGAUGACCACCACACAGCUCAACCUCCUGUAUUACCCAGGACUGGAAUUAAAUAUAAUCCAAAACUUUAUGAGGCUGGCUCAGGCAAGGUUGAUUUGGAGACUUUUUAGAAGCUGUUGCCAUUACAUGGGUGUUUUACCUCAGGGUUAGUUUGAAUAAAUGUACGAUGCUGUUGUUGUGUUCAACACUCCAGGAAAAGACAUACAGCAGAGACUGUCUGGACCAGUGGUGUUGGUUCUGGAUCUGAUGCCUAAACUCUGAGAGCCUGUUACUAUAUUUCUAUUUAUGAGACUCGAGGGGAUCACAACCAAACUAGCAUGGUUGAUUUAUUUCAUGAACACAUAUUUGUAUUUUUUUUUAAUCAGUAGAUUCCUGUUUUCAAGCCAUGAAUUGAGGAUUAUGAAUUCCAGAAGAGGCUUCAAAGUAUAAUCCAUGUCUUUUUAAAGGUGACUAGAAAUUCUGGCUGAAUGGUGACAUGACAGCUUUGGCAAAACCAGCACAGAGAGCUCCUGCAGUCCUCCAACAGUGAAGACUAUAAAAUGUAUGAGCUGUUCAUCAAGAUCUACCCAUGUUUGAAAAAAAAAAAUCCCAAUGGAAUAUUAAGAUAUUUGUAUAAUAAAUCAAAUGGAAAAACACUCGGAUUGUUAAUGUCUAAGUCACAUGAUAUAUGUCUUACCACUGUCCCACAGUUGUGAGUGGCUGGUCAUAUACGGACAGACAUUUCCAUUUCAUCUUUCUCCAUUAACAAUUACGGAUGGACCUCUAAACUGCCUGGCUGUCAUUUGCUUCAUGAAUUAUCUGUAAAAAAGUGCCUCUUAAACAAAA